GUAUCGUUUCUAUUCGGUUAUUCCGGUCGUAAGCUAUAUUGCUUUCUUCGUUUCCAGCUCCUCUUCUUCUCCUUAGGUCGGACGCAGCUUACACCUCGCCGUUCGUCUAAUAUCCGCGCCGUUCGUCUAAUAUCCCCGCCGAGACAUGGCGAAGAAGAAGGAAAAGUCGGUCAACGUAUCUGGGAAGGCCAAGCAUUCUCUCGAUGUCAAUAGAGAUGCCAGUGGAACUAAGGGCGGCCGCAGCGCCGCUACUGUGCGGCGGAUUAAGAUGUACAAGACUAGGCCUAAGCGUGACAAAAAGGGGAAAGUGUUAAAACACGACUUGCAAUCCAAGGAACUUCCCUCCACUCGGAUUGAACCAGAUCGCCGAUGGUUCGGCAAUACACGAGUAGUAAAUCAGAAACAGUUAGAGUUUUUCCGUGAAGAAUUGCAAAGUAAAAUGUCAAGCAGCUACAACGUAAUUUUGCAGGACAAGAAAUUGCCUUUGUCUCUUUUAAAUGAUCAUCAGAAGCAAUCAAGGGUGCAUCUUCUUGAGACUGAGCCUUUUGCUGAUGCAUUUGGUCCUAAAGGGAAGAGGAAACGGCCAAAGCUCAUGGCAGCAGAUUACGAAUCACUGUUAAAGAAGGCAGAUGUUCUUCAAGAUUCAUUUGAUGAGAAGCACAGUGCAGGCAACCACAUGGAAGAAAAUGAAGAUGGGAUUAGAGACGCUGUACGACAUACAAUGUUUGAAAAGGGUCAAAGCAAACGCAUAUGGGGCGAGCUAUACAAAGUCAUAGACUCCUCUGAUAUUGUUGUUCAGGUAAUAGAUGCUAGAGACCCACAAGGUACAAGAUGUUACCAUUUGGAGAAGCAUUUGAAAGAAAACUGCAAGCACAAACAUAUGAUCCUUCUCCUGAACAAGUGUGAUUUAGUUCCGGCUUGGGCAACUAGUGGAUGGCUAAGGGCUCUGUCCAAAGAAUAUCCAACAAUAGCAUUCCAUGCAAGCGUCACAAAGUCCUUUGGCAAGGGACCCCUGCUGUCAGUAUUGAGACAGUUUGCUCGGUUGAAGAGUGACAAACAGGCAGUAUCCGUGGGUUUUGUUGGAUAUCCUAAUGUUGGAAAAUCAUCAGUUAUCAACACACUUCGGUCAAAGAAUGUUUGCAAGGUAGCUCCCAUUCCUGGAGAGACUAAAGUAUGGCAAUAUAUUACACUUACAAAAAGGAUCUUCUUGAUUGAUUGCCCCGGUGUUGUUUAUGGAAGUAAAGAUUCUGAAACAGAUAUUGUCUUGAAGGGGGUGGUUCGUGUGACUAACCUGCAAGAUGCUUCUGAGCACAUUGGUGAGGUGCUAACCCGUGUGAAAAAGGAACAUAUCGAAAGAGCAUAUAAGAUAAAGGAAUGGGAAGAUGAACAUGACUUUCUUCUUCAGCUAUGUCAGGCAACAGGCAAACUCUUAAAGGGUGGGGAACCUGAUGUCAUGACAGCUGCAAAGAUGGUACUCCAUGAUUGGCAGAGAGGAAAGAUACCGUUCUUUGUACCGCCCCCUAAAACAGAAAAAGGGGCAGAGGAGGAACAAAAAGAUGUCAGCGGGGAGGAAAAAGAAGACGAAUCAGUAGCAGCGAGAAAGGCUAUUGCGGAUGCGUUGUUAUCAUCACAACAGCUAACUGACAUUCCUGUUCAGAAGGAUCUGUACAGUGAGAGUGAGUUGCUGGGUGAGAGUAGUAACCAGAAGAGACUUCCUGAUAAUGAAUGAGUCCUGUCCUGCCACCCAUUGAAUUGGUUCUAGCUCAGCAUAAGUUUUUAUUUUUGGAUUUCCUUUAUUUGAUUUCUGCAAUUCUCAUUUAUUAUUUUAUGAUUUUAUCUAUAAACUGAUUGAAGCAUCUUAUGUGGAGAUCUUUAGGUUAUUAAUAAUUUAAUACAUGAAAUUUAUGUUUCCCAUUUUGUUUGUGGCUUUUGAUGAGCACUUCCCCAACAUCCUAUCAACGAGAAGAUAUUUCAAGUAUAUUUCAAGCUUUGAACUGGGAAGGAAAGGAUUUCCAUUUUUCCGCCUUACCACUAGGCUGUGUAAUCAAAAUGAUACAAAAAUAUCAAAAUGACUGUUGAACAUGUUUCUUUCUUUUCUCCUUAAAAGUGAGUUUAUUCCAUAUUUAUAUAAGAUUUGAG